AUCACCAAUCUACCAUAUUAGCAUACGUGAAUGACAGAACCUGAACGAUAAAGCGAAUGGUAUUACCUUACAUAGAGAGUUAAUUUUGGUUUCCUCAAGAGCACGUUUCUUUUUUUAUGAGGCAUAAGGAAACGGAAAGUUAUUCUUGCAGUGGCUUCAUCCCUGUAUUAUGGUCAUUCCACCUGCGGAAGUCAAUAUGGUUAGCGAAGCAGGAAACUUGACUGACUCUUGCUCUCCUAAUUUAUCACACGACUGGCGUGUAAUAUUUAUCUUUCUUAAUGCUGUUUCCAGUGUGAUUGCUCUCGGCGGAAACUCGAUCAUUUUGUUAUCUAUAUACAAGGUGCGUUCCUUGAGAUUAAGGGCUUCUAACAUCUUCAUCGCCUCCCUGGCAACUUCUGAUGCCUUGGUUGGUUUGCUGGUGUACCCAACGUACAUCGCAUUAACUGUAGAGAACUUGUGGUUCCAAUCAAAUGUUGUCUACAAAAUGGAGAACUUUCUGUGGAUUCAAAGUUUAGUCACAUCAACAUUUACUCUGUGUGCGAUUAGCAUCGACAGGCUCAUCGCCGUUAUACUGGCUAUCCGGUACAGACAGCUUGUGACCAAAAGACGCAGUUGGUGCGUUGUCACCUUCAUUUGGAUCACUUCCUUGGCGUUCGCCUGUUCCGCGCUGUUCGUUCACGCUCAUGACAAUGCCUCCAUAUUGUGGAUAGUGUGUCUUGCCUUGACUUUCGUUCUACCCUUUGCUAUCAUUAUCUACUGUUACGCUCACAUAUUUCGAUCAGCUAGUGAACAAAAAACCAAGAUCUGCUGCUUGAAUCCCGCUGAAGCAGCCGAGAUGCUGCGAAAUAGGAAGGCCGCAUGGACGGCAGCGAUUGUCAUAGGUAUAUUUUUCGUUACGUUUUUUCCAAACGCUGUCUUUUCUUGUAUUGAUGUGGCGACCAAGGAUUAUUGUGGCAAGACUCAGGUGUACCGCCACUGGUUAUGGGGGAUUUUCUUGGCCUUCAGUAGCGCAGCUUGGAAUCCUUUCGUAUAUGCAGCCAGGAUUAGAGAAUUCAGGCAUGCAUUCAAAAAACUUUUACUUUUUCGCUGAUAGUGUUCCUCCAUAUAAAAGUAGUGACUUGUUUCAAAAAUAAAUUAAUUAGAACUAACAAAAAGCGCGUUCGCUUUUGAAAUCACUUAACUGUUUGAAGAAAAAUACAAUAUAAAGCUGUUUAAUUCUCUCAUUUUACCUUAUUUGAAUAAUGGGAACUACAUGUAGGUUCACCUUCAAGAACCUGUCAUCGAAAACAGACGAUAAGUAGUGCAAAUGCAUAAAGUUUCAAGCAACUUGGUCAACGUACUACGCUCUACAUAUGUAGCCACGAAGAGACAGUCUACCGUGAGAAAAUUGUAUGGUCACGAUUCAGGAAAAAACCCUUCAAGUCAUUAAGUAAAAUGUGUCUACAUAACAAUCCGGUCGAACCCUUAAUAAGAUAGAGUUUUGAUUAUUUUUAACAUUAUAACAAGUAUUAUUUUCAACUGACAAUUUUGUGGUAAUAAAUUAUGACUUUUCGGGUGUCUCAAAUUUGCUUUCAAGUCUCAAUUUCACCGUUUUGUUUAUUCGCCUCACAUAUCCACUUGACAGCACGGUUUCUUUCAUUUUCAAUGUCCUCAACGAAAUAGCUUGUAUUAUAAGCAUUAUUCUAAGAAUCACUCCAUAUAACAUCUCAAUCUAUUUUGAGGGACUGCCACACUGCGAUUUAGU